UUCCGUCCGUAGUCCGGACGGAAUCUGAUCAGGCACGUUAAGCGUCUAAAAGUAGUUGAGAUUUCAAUGUUUUUGAAUCAGUAAAUAUUAUAUCAGUUACGGGUAAUGGAGGGAAGAGUUAUUGGAGCAGGGCCGUACAGGGCGACAAAGCUGUGGAAUGAAACCAUUCAACUCUUCCGUGGAGGUAUGCCAUUAAGAAGACAUUGGGCGCACUUCCGCUACUAUGAUUGCACUUUCUCAGGAUCCGAGGCUGUGGAUUAUCUCAAUCAGCUUCUCCGGCACAAUUGCAACUUUGGGCCAGAAGUGACUCGCUACCAGACCUUGCAGCUGCUCAGGAAGUUUCUCAAGGCCCAUGUCAUUGAAGACAUGAAGGGACGCCAUGGGACGGAGGACUUUGAAGAUAACAGUCAUUUGUACAGAUUCCCCACUUUGUCUCCCCUCAAGUCUUUUCCAUCGAGAUCCCUGUCGAGAAACAGCACUGACCUGCCAAGACUCAUCCGCUGGGAUGACUACGAAGAACUACCGCAGCAGGAAAACACCACACUUGUGAAGUCUACUGGCAUGCCUUCCGAUUUUUGGACCAAAAGGCACAGUGUAGCGAUUGGGGAUGUGCAUGAAUGCAAGCUCAUUCGCAGAAAAGAUAUCACUCCCAAGCAAGUGGACAACAUCUGGAAAUCAAUGACUGCUUCACAUUUACAGCGAGUGCUGGGUCUAACGACAUUGGAUGGUGUGUUAAAUCCAGUUCACGUGAAAGGCAAUCACAUAGUUCACAACGUCUUCAAAGUCAAUAAGUCGGGCAUAGUUGUGUUGGAGAACAAUUCUGAUGACAUGCCUUACUGGGUUAUAUCAGCAAUGAAAUGCUUGGCCAACUGGCCUAACGGCAAUGACGCCAAACAACCAGUUUACCCAGGAUUUGAGAGGGAUGUCCUGAAAACAGUAAUUGAUUACUAUCAGAGACUUAAAGAACCCCUCUUGACUUUUCAUCUAUAUGAAGUCUUUGUCAACAUUCUCAGUCUCCUACAGAAACAAGAAUUGGCCACUGAGGCUCUUCAAGUGAGCACUCUUUUGCUGCCGCCGCCCAAUCGAAGACAUCUUCAGCUUUUGCUGAGACUCAUGGCGCGGGUCUCUCAGAACCCCCAACUGCCACCACUCAAUGACACUAUUGCCUCCCGCACACUGAUGGUGCAGAUGUUCUCACACUGUGUUUUGGGCUCCCCGGAUGAGAUGGACUUGGAUGAGCUUCUUGCCUCAAAGCUGGUCACUUUCAUGAUGGAGUACCACAACACCAUCUUUCAAGUUCCCGAUAAGCUGCGCCACCAAGUUGAGGAGCACCUUUCUCACCUCCGAAGAGUUCAGAUUAAAUAUGCAGGUUCUGACACAGAUUUCAGCACAUCUCCAGCAUUUUAUAAACAGAUUAGCAAGGUGGAGUCGGUGGAGCCGAAGGUGAUCGGUACCCAGACUCCUCUGCAGGACCUACUGGAAGGCCUGAUCUCUGACAACGAACUUCCCCCCAAGGACAAAAGGAAGAGACUUAAACAGUUCCAAAAGUCAUAUCCUGAAAUCUACCGCAAACGAUUCCCCUCUGAGGGAAGUAGAGCAGCUGUCAUACCUGAGAAAAACCCUCUCCUCAAACCUCACCGAAUGUUUUUCAACCUCAAGAAACCCUCUAACCCUUUUCAGAGGAGCUGGAGUUUUAGGGCAUAAACUACCACCACUUGACUCUGGUUUAGUUUUAAGAAUGGUGUGUUUCUCCGAUUCCUAACAUCAAUGGUUGUUUGAAAAAACAGUUUCACAAACCCUCAGAGAAAGGUUAACGAAAAGGUUGUAGGCAGGUACAGCCGCUAAAGAUUCAAAUACUUUGUGGGAGCUUGACUAGCAGCUAGGUGCUGGGGUGGGAAACUGCCAAAGGAGGAAUAUAUCUGACCUUCAGUCAUUUUCUCUUCUACUCAUACUUGAAAAAUCAGUUCAGUAUUAAGUAAUAACUACCCAAGACUGUUUAACUAGUGUGGUUUAGAAGGCCCAAAUUAAAAAAAAAAAAAAAAGAAAGCCACAGUAGAUGAAACCACUGACAA